GGUGAUGAUCGGAAAAUUGCUAAAGACUGGGAUAAAGAGCGUAAGUCAGGCAAAGCGAAUGUCUCUCCAAUUAGCAUUAAUAAUUCAACAAUUUCGGGAAGUGGAAUUGGGACCAUUGAACGUGGAACUUUCACUUCUGUAUUACAGAAGGAAAGAGACCAGAAAGAGACGAAUCCAAGAAAGCGUGCAAACAACACUACCGCCCAAAGAAUAAAAAAAAUUAAAACCGUCAAAGGUCUCUCUGCGUCCGAUUCCUCCACAAAUGAAUCGCAAAAACUUGAUGAACAUGAUGCUGAAGAAGAAAUCAGGAGUCAUACGGAGUUGAAUUUAGCAAAUGUUGAUACUCCCGAUUAUGAGACUACAACUCGAGAAUGUUCAAGUGAUGAAAUGGGCGAAUCAAGUGAAAAUAAUAUUCCCAAUGAUAGUGAUUCCAACGAAACAAUAGAAAUAAAACAUGAUGAUUUAGAAGAAUUAGAACAACAAAUAACAUUCAGCUCAUUAAAUGAGUGGGAAGUAGGCACGGUUAACGUGUCGAGAAAAUUUAAGGAGUAUCAAAGACAGAUAAUAGCAAGUAUUAGGCAGAAAAAAACGAAAUUAACAUGGAACAAUACAUUCGAACUAUUAGCCCUAUCAUCAAUAAUCGUAAUGAGCUGGCCUUGUCCCUACUCUACAUUUACAAGUUCUGAAUGGCGACAAGUUCUAAACUCGAACCCAUACAAAGUUACACGACCCAUUUUAACAGAUUCACUCUUAACCACGUUCUAUAAAGCAACAAACGAUUUUUCACUCGGAUUGAAUUAUAGUUUUACACUAAAUGAUGAUGGUGAAUUAGGUGAAAAAGCUAGACGCAUAUUUAACUACAUACGAGCUUCCACUAUCAUCAAAACGAAAGAAACUGAGACUAAGCACAGUGUUUAUAACUUAGAUCCAUUUAUAAAAAUCAUUUUUGGCGGAGAAUACACACCUUACACUCUGGAAUUAAAUAAAAGUGUAAAUGGAAAACAAAGGCCGGACUUUAGCUGUGUAAUUGACGACAUCGCGAUAUUAAAUUCCGAAAUUAAGCCUGUGGGGUACACUCAAUAUAGGAAAAAUCAAGAUUUCAUAAAAGUACAUCUUAAAGGAAAGAAAUCAAUUAACCGGUUACUAGAAAAGGGGGGACCUAACAAAUCAAUGGCCUUUUUAAACAUGGGAGAUACCAUAGAAUCGUUUGUUAUUGACUUAGCAUAUGACGGCGUAUACAGAUCAUGGCCAGUUAUUAAAAACAAGUUAACAACUGAUAAAGGAUCUUUUCCGUUGAUUGUAUUGACAUUUUCCCAUUUUGUAAUGAUAGAGCAACGUGUUAGUGAAAUCAUAAAUGAUUAUGAAAAUCGGCCACCACCGGGUUCUUAUACACCACCUGAACAAAUCGAAAAGACAAAAUUUAUUAGGAAAAUGCCCACCACACCACAGCUCAAUUUAUUGUUGAAACAAUGA